GAUUAAAUGAAUAUGCGGACUAAAGUAAGAAAACUAUUUUUUUUUACCAACAGUCCUGCCUAAAAUGGAUCAGGAAGCGUCAAAGGCAGCAAAACCGAGGUCCCGAAGUUUGAUUGGAGAACAAAGAAGGGAAGACGAAGGGCAAAGUCCGCCACAGCAAACGAUGUCGUGUUCUGAAGAAACUAGAGAACAUGGGAGAAAUUUUGAUGUGAGGAGCAACGUCUUGGACAGUGACGAACCUACAAACACCGCUCCUAACCUUGACAAUGAGGAUGAGGAAGGGGUUGGUACGUGUCAGGGCACUGACGUCGAUCUUCAUCAUGAUCAGGAAUCCUACGACAUGGCCUUACUAGCGCUGGAUCAGGGAAGAGAUACUCAAGUCUUGGACGGCGGGCGUGAAUGCUACAAUGACGGAGACGUGGUGGCGUUCUCAGAAACAGAAAAUGCAGUGACACAAAUUACAAACCCUAGUCAAGUGAGCGGCCAAGGCAACAAGGUCAUCAACAUCGGACCCAAUUCCACCGUCAAUAUCUUCCACGGAACAUCCGAUGAUGCUAGCACAGUUCCCAACAUUGACAGUCCCCCUGAAGAUUUUCCCCUGGCUCAAUGUCAAGAUUCCCUUAAGUCGUAUUUCAAGACAAGACUGAGCUACCUUCACCCACUAGCGUGGAAUGAAACUUUCACCAUGAAGAUUGAGGACAUCUUCACGACUGUAGACCUCGUGUCGCGAACACAACAGGGAGGAAACAUUGAACGGCGCGCCCUCCCCUCUACUGUCGACGCUUUGACUGCCAGGCCCGAUUGUCCCCAGCCCCGGCGCAUUUUGAUCGAAGGUAACGCAGGGAUAGGGAAGACGACCGAAGUUUCUAAACUAGCUUUUGACUGGGCCGAGGGCCGUUCUCCCGUUCUGGAAAAGUAUGAUCUGGUUUUCCCGAUCGCACUGCGGAAGGUUGGCGAGUCGCAGUCCCUCACAGAGUGCAUCUUCGACCAACUCCUACCAGAAGAUGUGCCGUUCCAAGAGUCGGACUUGGAAACGUACUUGAAGGGGAAUGGCCGAGUCUUGAUCAUUCUCGACGGCUUCGACGAGUGGGUCAUACAUGAAGGGCAUGACGUCACCAAACUUCUGACUGGUAAGGUUCUCCGUGAAUGUUGCCUGUUGGUGACCACCAGACCUUCCCACACCCCUCAGCUGCAGAGUCUGAUGUGUCCGGACACACAGGUGGAGAUCACGGGCUUCAGUCAGGACAACAUCCGCACUUACGUCCACAGGUUCUUCACGGGAGACGAGGCCAAGGCAGCUGCCUUAGUCAGCAAAAUGGACUCCUCCCUAAUCCCCACAGGCAUUCUGGCAACACCAAUACUGCUUUUGUUGACCUGCAUGAUGUGGGAAGAGAAGCAGGAUUUGUUGUUUGGAGGUCGAAUCUUUCCCCUUUAUGAUGAGCUAGUUUCCUUCACCAUAAGGCGACAUUGCGUUAGGAACAACAUUGGUUCAAACCAAGGCAUUCCUGACAACAUCAGAGAUGCGUUAUUGUGUGCCGGGGCUCUUGCUUUCAAUGGCUUGUUGGAGAAUAGGCUAGUAUAUAGCAAAGAAGACGUUGCCAAGUAUUGUCGUGAAGACAGUUUGCAGGAGCUUGUGUUGUUGGGGAUUUUUCACAGGCAAGAAAGUCCCUCCAGACUCAACCCUUCUGACCAGUUUUCCUUCUCCCACAAGACGAUGCAGGAGUAUUUCGCAGGGUUGUAUUUCGCAAAAAGGCUUCAGGACGAGACAACAGAAAAGUCCAUUCUGAACACAUACCUGACAACGGCUCAAAGUGUGCGUGACUUGGAAAACGUCAUCAUGUUUGCUUGUGCGAAGUUAGGGCUUGAAGCAGAUGUUAUAUUGGCUCACCUUGUCAAACUCCACCAAGAGGAGGUAGAACAUUUGUCUGAUACCUCCAGUGGUGGGUAUCCACACUACAUGGAGUAUUUUCUAUAUUCUAAAUGUCGGAUUGCAGGGAAUGAAGGAGAGUUUUUUAGUCCUUCUAAGUUAGCUUUCUUUCACCUCCAGACAUACAUGGAGAUCGCAUUGUUGUGCUUCUACGAGAGUGGUUGUCUCUCGCAGGUAGAGAACAUCUUUCCAACCAAAGGUGUUAUUCACUUUUCAAAUGUAGGCCCUCAUGUUUACAACGCCUUGGAACAUGUUCUGAAGAACAUUCCACCUCGAUCCCUUAGAAGUAUAAAAUCCCUCAGGUUGAUGGGUACCACGGAAUGCUUUGUCAGUCCUGUCAUUGACUACCUGGGGAUGAUGAAUUUGUCUGAGUUGGACCUUUAUCGUGCUUGUCUUGGAGGUCAUGACCCCAAUACAGGACCUUGUGCCCGCCUGGCACAACAGCUGCCUUACCUCACAAGUUUGAGGAAGCUUGUGUUGUGUUUGAACAAUCUUUCCUGCUCAGAUCUACUUGUAUUAUUACCUUACUUGAAGAUGUUGGUGGACCUUGAAUGGUUGAACCUCUUUGGUAACAAACUAGCAGGUUGUGGAAAGGAAAUCUCAGAACUGCCGUGCUCCUUACGGAACCUCAAAGUCCUGAACGUAUAUGAGUGCAAACUUAGCCUGGAGGAUGUUCUACAGAUAGCUACUGCAGUAGUGCAGUACUGCUCAAAGAUGGAAGUGUUUGAGUGGAGAGCCAAUGUGACAGGUCAGGAGGACGAAAGGAAAGUUUGGGAAGUUCUCGGGGGCUUAAAGUCAUGACCUACAGAAAUGAGUACACGAAAGGAAUCAGUUACUCAUGGUGGGCCCGGAACUCCCUCCUCAUCAGGCUCAUACACACCAUUCAUCAGUCUAGCACCGGACAUGCUCAAGGCAAACGUAAACUCCAAGCACUAACCAAGGACGUUAUAUAACGUCCUUUCUCUAAAUUGACAAUCUUUCACUUAAUGUUUUCUGCGGCUGAAUAGGCUGUUUUCAUGUACAUUUGAGUUACAAAUCAUCAAGUCAUUUGGGGUGACAGAUGUUAAAGUCAAGGUCCUCAUCUACUUCGGUGGAUGAACAUUUUAAUCAUCGUAUGAGUUAUGGAAUACCCUUACCAUUUUUGCCAUGUCAUUUCUGUAACAGAAGACGAGAACGCAAACAAACCAAAGACAAACUUAAGAGUUCUUGCUGUCGUAAAUAGUAUGUUUGUUGACAGAAAAUCACAAACCUUUUAGCUGAGGUUUUGAUCAGACAUGCAAUGCAAUGAUACUGGGAUAAAAACCUGUCAAUAGCUAGUCUACAUAUAUAGUAGAAAAACUAAACUUGACUUAACCAACACCAAGUUUAAUUGGGACUUACCCCCAAAUUUUGGCGUAGUCUAGAUAUACAUAGUGACUUUGUAUAAGAAUAGGACUGUAUGUAAAGGUUUACACAGUUUGACUGUAAAGAUAACCCUUGGUAACUUUUCACUGGAUACAACUGCAAAUAACAACCUAACAGCACUUGACUAUCAAAUAGUGAAGAAUAGCAGCAAAUAUUGACUACACAUUGUGUAUUGUCAAGAGAGUCUUAGAAAACUGUAAAUGGACAACGAUCAGAGUAUGCAUGGGAAUACCAUUAUGUCAUAUAAUCCCCUUCCAUUGUAUACAUGCACCUUUAGAACAAUUACUAAUAUCACAGAUAAUCAUAUGCAAGCCAAAGUAUAAAGAAAACUAUAAAGAUGCAUACAUCUGUUUUGUGUAUUU